AUGGUGGAUUCCGAUGAGACUAGUCACGGCGUCAACAUCAUCUGCGAGGAAUCAGUACGCUACUCCUUCGUCAGCCACCUCGCCGCCGCUCUACGCCGCCAAGGCAUCUCUGUCUCCGUUUUUACGGAUUCAGAUCCCGAUGAUCAGAAUCAGGGAGCUAGGGUUUCGGUGGUCGUUUUCUCCCAGACCUACGCGCUCUCCGUUCCUUGGUUUGAUAAGGUUAUCGAGCGUGGGAGGAACAACAGCUCUGUAAUGGUUCCGGUGUUCUACGGCAUUGCUCCAUCGGAUGUGAACCCAAAUUACGAUUGGCUGCGAAUCGGGAAUUUUGCAGGCCUUCACCAAAUCAGGAACUCAAGCAAUAUGAUUCAAAGCGACUCUGAUCUCGUGGAACAGAUAGUUAGAGAUGUUAAUGGGGAGCUCUCUUCUACAGAACGAAUUGGAAUUUACUCGAGGCUACUGGAGAUUGAAAACCUACUUUGCGAGCAGCCUUGGGGCGUCCGAACCUUAGGAAUAUGGGGCAUGCCCGGGAUAGGGAAGACGACACUUGCUAAAGCAGUCUUUGAUCAGAUGUCUAAUGACUAUGAUGCUUCUUGCUUCAUCGAGAACUUUGAUGAAUCACUUCAUAAGGUGGGACCUUACCGGUUGCUUGAAGAAAAGAUUGGUAAAAUUCUGGAAGAGAAGUUUGGCGUAAGCGGUUCUUACAUCGCAAGACUGAACCUCCUUGAGGAAAAAUUAUGCGAUACAAGGAUUCUUGUUGUUUUAGAUGAUGUGCAGGAUUCUCUGGCUGCAGAGUCGUUCCUUGGAAGGCUUGAUUUGUUUGGUCCUGGAAGCCUCAUAAUCAUAACGUCCAGAUAUAAACAAGUGUUUGCUCCUUGUCAGGUCAAUCACAUAUACAAGGUUCAGGGUUUAAAUGAGCACGAGGCUCUACAACUAUUCUCCCAAAGUGCUUUUCAAAAAGAUGUGCCAGAGCAGAAUGACAGGGAACUAUCAGUAAAGGUGAUCGACUAUGCUGAUGGAAACCCAUUAGCUCUCCGUAUUUAUGGCCGAGAGCUGAAAGGGAAGAAUGCACUUGGUGACAAUGAGAAGUAUAUCUUCGUGGACAUUGCUUGUUUCUUUAAGGGAGAGAAUGUGGACUAUGUAGUGCAACUACUUAAUGGUGGUGGUUACUUUCCACGCGUUGGAAUAGAUGUUCUUGUGGAGAAGUGUCUGGUGACUAUAUCCGAAAACACAUUGCAGAUGAAUGAACUGAUCCAAGACAUCAUCCUAGGAAUCAUCAAUGGUGAUAGAAUACAGAUGGAGAGGUGCGCCACACUGUGGCAACCUUCCAGCAUCAGAUAUCUACUAGAAGUUGAUGAACUCAAAGCAAAUGGAGAACCCAAAGAAACUCCUAAGUGUGUUCUGGCUGCUGAAGACGUCGAAGGUGUAUCUCUGGACACAUCAAACUUGAUAUUUGAUGUCAAUCCUGAUGCCUUCAAGAAUAUGUUUAGUCUGAGAUUCCUGAAGGUAUACAACUCUUACUCUAAAAAUGUUUCUGGACUCAACUUUCCCAAGGGACUCAAUUCUCUGCCUUGUGAGCUAAGGCUCCUCUACUGGGAGAACUAUCCUUUUGAAUCCUUGCCUCAAGGUUUUGACCUCCGGGAACUUGUCGAACUCAAUAUGCCUUACAGCCAGCUUAAGAAACUCAGGGCUAGAACCAAGAACCUCGAAAAGUUGAAGAGGAUCAGGCUUUGUCAUUCCCAGCAGCUAAUAAAAUUUAGCAUACAUGGAUAUGCUCAAAAUAUCGAGCUGAUUGAUCUCCAAGGAUGCAGAAAUAUUAAAAUUGUCCCAGGGCUUCCACCAAAUAUUGAGGAAUUAUAUCUCCAGGGAACUAGCAUAGAAGAGAUAUCAAUAUCCACUGUGACCCACUUCUCCCAAGUUAAGCCAAACUGCAAGGAACUUAUGAAUCAUCUAAAAUACUUUCCGGGUUUUGAGCAUAUCGAUUUGGAAAGCGUAACAAAUCUGAUUAAAGUUAGCUCAUAUAAUCAAGGUAUUGACAAGCUUGUCCGCUUGGAUAUGAAAGAUUGUUUUAAUUUGCAAAGUCUGCCUGACAUGUUCAAUUUAGAAUCUCUCCAAGUUCUUGAUCUAUCUAGCUGUUAUAGGCUUGAGAAAAUUAAGGGUUUCCCAAGAAACAUGAAGGAGCUUUAUCUUGCUGGAACAGCCAUACGAGAAUUGCCAAAGCUUCCCGAAAGCCUAGAAUUUUUGAAUGCUCAUAAUUGUGACCAUUUGAAGUCAGUUUGUUUAGAUUUUGAGCAGCUUCCGAGACACUACACGUUCAGUAAUUGCUUUAGUUUGUCUUCGGAAACGACUGUUGGAUUUAUGGAGAACGGUCUGACUAGAGGAAUUAGGUUAGUCGGACAACAAAAUCAGGAACACAUAAAAGCACCUGCAUUCAACAUCUGUUUUCCUGCAGAUGUGUGUCCGUGGUCUUCCUUUCAUUCGCAAGGAGCAGGUUCAUCUGUUACGGUAGACCUUGCUCCUUAUGAGCGAAAGGAUCUCUCAGGUUUUGCUAUGUCAGUUGUAGUAUCAUUUCAGGAUGAUUGCCACAAUACCUUGGGCUUUGGUAUUAGGUGCAUAUGCCUAUGGGAGACCAAGAAAGGCCAGUUUGAUAGAAAAGAGAGAGUUUUUAAGUGUUGGGAUCCGACAGAAGCUCCAAGAGUUGAAAGGGAUCACCUAUUUGUCUUGUAUGAUGCCGAAAUGCAUCCAGGUGUUGGUGAAAGAAUGGAUCAAAAUAUGUCAGCUGAGAAACUCAUAUUUGAAUUCCAGACAGUGAGUGGGGAAAACAUGCUUUUAGGUGCUAAUUGCGUGGUGACAGAAUGUGAUGUUAAGGUAAUUAUGGAUUCAAAAGGUGAUACAAGUUUUGGUGCAAUUUCAAGGGAAAAUGAGGAUAUAAGUAAUACUGAGGAGCUUCCUCCUCCUUUGCCCAAAAAGCAAGAGUCAAAGAUUUGUUCUCCUCCAUCCAGCAAGCCACAAAAGCUUUCUACUGUGCCUAGUAAGGUAAAAUCUAAGCGCAAUGUGUUGUCGAGGUGGGUGGGUUGUGUUCCGCGGGUGAGGAAAAUUAAAAGAGACAACCACAAAGGGAUAACAGAUCAAGAAAAUCUUGCCAAGGCUACUAAGGAUAGUUUAAAGGACAAAGGCAAAGGAAAGCAAUUUGAAGAUGAACAAUUGAAAAAGGAUGAACGGCUUGCUGCGAUUGUUCAGGAGAGUCUAAACCUGGUAGAUUCUCCGUUGGAUGAAGACGAACAGCUUGAUAAGAUUAUCCGGGAGAGUUUGAAGGGGAAAGGCCAAAUAAAACAAUUCAAAGAUGAGGUGGAAGACGAUGAGAAGCUCCCAAAGGUGAAUCCUCCUCGCAGCAUGUGUGGUGGUUGCAACUCUGAGAUUGAACAUGGAAGAUCUGUGGAUGUCUUAGGUGUUCCUUCGCAUCCUGAGUGUCUCUGGUGUGAUGCUUGCCACAAACCAAUUGCUAUACACGAGGUUGAAAACCAUGUACGAAAAGAAUCCUUCUUUUCAAAGUGCUCGGUUUCAAACUCAAGAGGCAAGUUUCACAAAUCCUGCUAUCAGCAGUACUGCUAUGUCUGCAAAGAGAAAGUGAAGAUUAGAAUGUUCAAUCAACAUCAUUUCUGGAAGGAGAGCUACUGCCCUGCUCAUGAAUCUGAUGGAACUCCCAAGUGUUGCAGUUGCGAGAGGUUACAGCCUAGGGGAACAAACUUUGUGAUCUUUAGUGAUCGUCGGCAGCUAUGUCUAGAAUGUAUGGAUUCAGCGGUUAUGGAUUCUUACGAAGUCCAGCCUCUGCACUUUGAAAUCCGUGAAUACUUCAAAGCCUUAAACAUGAAGAUUGAGAAAGAAUUUCCUGUUCUUUUGGUAGAGAAACAAGUGCUGAAUGGAGCUGAGAAAGAAGAGAAGAUUGACAAUCAGUAUGAGUUGGUCACCAGAAGCAUUUGCCUGUCUGAAGCCCAGACCGUCACAAGUGUAAGCACUGGUACCGCUUAA